AUGAAGGACGAAUACGUGGUUGGUGUACGCCCGCUAAUAUCAGCUAAACUUAUCUAUCUAUCUAUCUAUCUAUCUAUCUAUCUAUCUAUCUAUCUAUCUAUCUAUCUAUCUGCAUAUGCACAAGUUAACGUUGAUUCAAGCGUAAUCUUGCAGCAAACCUUUCGCCCGUUUCACAUUUCUUGUUUGUUUUGCUUCUUCGCUAUCUCUCUCACCCGCUUUGCUUUCUGUUGGAUGGCCGCCGUAACACUGGGGAAGAGACAUAAAACAUUAUCUAUCUAUCUAUCUAUCUAUCUAUCUAUCUAUCUAUCUAUCUAUCCCAUACAAUCACCGAAUUUAAGCAACGCUGAGCUACUGACGGGGUGCCUUCCUCGCUCCGACCCACUGCCUCAGACUCUGCUGCGCCCCGGCUGUCCACCUUCUUCGUUCGUCCAGAAUAACACCUUCUGUGUACCUGGUCUGAUUUAUGGUGGCAUAAGUGUGGCCAUUAUGGCAAGGGAAACGUUUUAUUUAGGAUUUAAUUUUUCCCGCUUACUUUCUCUUACGUUCAUCCUUAACCGCGUUCUUUUUCUUUCUUAUGUGCUUGCAUUUUCUUUCUUUCUUUCUUUGUUUUUUGAAACUGUGAUCAAUAAACGCUUUCUCAUAUGA